UAGAACGUUCGCAAAAUAUCGACAAUACGCUAUACGGCAACUAGACGCUGCAACCAUCCGGACACCAUGAAUUUUACUAUUAUUCUUUUUUUACUAAUAUACAUAUAAUAUCACCAUUAUUCUGCCGCCGGACGAGAACCGUGAUUUUGCCCCAAAAAAUUGAAUAAAUCCUCGCCCCUCAACAGUCACUCUUUUGACUGCAUGUGUUGUACAUUUUUUGUCUUUCGACCAGUCUAAUCGGUAAGGGUGGUUUUUUCCUUGUAUAUGAUUUUCGCGAUAACACAAAGUGGCGGGCGACAGAUAGAAAUACACUGGAAAUUGUUGUCCGUUGAAAACAAGUCAACGUGAGGAUUAUAUUCAUCAGCGAAUCAUUUAAUCGUAUUCAAAAUUGAGAACAUGUUACCAGUAAAUUGGCUAAAGUAUCAUUCGUAAUAAAUUAAGAAUACAGCCGCCCUUUGGUGAGCUUGCCUGGAAUUUUGUAUCCGUGCAGAAGAAAAGUUCAUAGUUUUCCUAAGCACAAUACACAUACUACAUAUUCAGGCUCCCUUAACGAGGAGCUUUAUUGGUACUAGCGACUGGAAAAUUCAAUGCUUUGGCGACCUUUCAAAUCGAGUAACUUUAUUGAACUGAACGUUUAUUCGAAAUCUGUUUCUAACCUUUUUCACGCAUCGUUAGAGAAUCCGCAAGCAGAAGAGAAUAACACAGAACUCCCAAUGGAGCUAACUAGCUGGAAGCUGAUAUUCAUGAUUGGAAAAUAUCGCAGAACGUCCACUGACCAGAAUCUUCAGGACCAAGGGAAAUCCUUCCAGAUAAUGCCAUUUGGAAUUGAUAAAUACAGUGAGACCAAUGUAUGGGCCAAUGAACCAACCAUGUGGGGUAUCAUCGUAUACAGUAUUGUGAUCCCUAUAAUUUCUGGACUUGGAAUGAUAGGAAAUGCACUGAUACUCGCAGUGCUCAGCAGGAGAAGCCUGAAAGCUUCCACUUACACAUAUUUGGCCGUACUUGCUGGUUCCGAUUUGGUCACCUGUGGACUCCUUCUCUUUUCCGGAUUGGCCAGAGGUGUUUUUUGGGGAAGAUCUGGUUGGAUUGAAUUUGAUGUAUUUGUUCAUCUUCCGGUCGGAUCCAUCUCCUCAAAUAUUGCCGUCUGGGCCGCAGUGCUUGUUACUUUGGACAGGCUCGUGCUGGUUGCUGGAUCACCAAAAUGCAAACCACCAAAAUUCUGCGACAAUCAAGUAGCGCGAAAAUUGUUAACCUGCUCGUUUUGCUGCGCCAUAUUUCUUAAUCUUCCAUACUGUUUUAUUUAUACAUACAACGAAUUGGGGGAGUUGACGACCACCGAAUUUUUUAGAUCUCGAUGGUACAAUCUACAGAAUUGGUUUCAAUUGGUCAUGUUCGGUUUGGUACCGGCUGUCUUUCUGCUUGUUGGUAACGGCGUCAUGUGCGUAACAGUCAGACGCCUUAUAAGACAGCGAGAAAUAUUUCUGCAGCGAAAACAAAUUCGCGAAAGAUACUGUUUAAACGUACUGACCGAUCAAGUAAGACUGACGAUUACGUUAGUGGGUAUUGUUUUCUUGUUCCUGGUCGGUGAAGUACCGACGCAUCUGGCGUCGCGACGCAGCGCCAUAUCGAUCCUUUAUGGCGGAGACGAUACCAGGGUGAAUGAAGUUUUUCUUGAAAGAUUUCGCAUCAUAGCGACCCUUCUCAACGCGAUAUCCAGCUCGGCCAAUUUCAUUCUCUACUGCCUGCUGAGUCCGCAAUUUCUCAUCCAGCUGAAGCAGCUUCUCAGGAGAAGGAAAGUCGUGGAGAAGAGGCAGCUGAACCUCAAGAUUGUUACCAUAGAGCAGCAGACUAGAGAGAGUACGGAUUGUGCGUUAAACACUUCUAGAAGAUGUCACAGCUCUAUGUUCUGAACCUAUUCCCAGCGUCACGAUUAA